AUUUAUGGUAGUAAUUUUGUCGAUUAGUGAAGUAAAGUAAUGGAUUUUUGACUUGUGAAAAUAAACAAAACCCUUUUACUUUAAUAGGCAAUAUCUUAAAUGAAUCUUCAAUUUAGCUUAGAUACCUUCCAUUUUUCUUCUCUUUUAUAUGGAAGAAUACUUUUUACCACACUAUGCUUGGUGUGGACGUUUUCAGAAUGCUUUCAAUAGAAAAUGGACAAAAAGAACAAAUCAAAAACCUUGUCGAGAAUCUAGCAAAUCAAGAUUGGAGAGAAAAGGAAAAAUUGGUCUUACAACGCGCAUAUUCCACGUAUGACUGUAUUUCCCUUUGAGAGAAGAACCUCAGAGACCUUUCCUUCUGGAAAAGGAACGAGAUAGCUCUCUGUAACAUUCUGUUUAACCCCAUAUGUCUGUGAAAACGCAAUCCUUGUUUUAUUGCUACGUCAGAUUGCGAAUAAUCCAUCGUGGGAAGGCAUUUUCUCUUGUCUUAUAAGUUAUAACAAGGAUACUGGAUUCUAUUCCACCAGGAGCAACAGUAGCUUUUCACUUUUUUGGUGUUACCGUUCUCCUUUUCACUUGUUUAAAGCCUAUAUUCCUUUUUGCAACUUCAAUUCGAUCCUCCUCCUUUUUCCUCUCUUAUCAACUCUUCUUUUUGUAAAUUUUAAAGUUUUGUUUCCUCUGUUUUUGCAAUUGGGCCGACUGGUGUUUGUCGUUUGGUUUUUAAUGCAAUGCUCCUGCAUCAAUAAAGUCAUCGGCCUCCCUCAUUUUUCUCCAUCGUGACUUCUUCCAAGUUGGACGGUUCUGGCCAUUGUCUUUCCAAUUGAUUUGAAUUGAAUUCUUCUUAGUUUCCGCUUUCAUAGAUGGAUUGCUUAAAUCCACAUGUUUUUUUUUUCUUCUUUACUUAAUGUAAGCUAACAUUUCUGUAGAAAAAGGCAAUAUGCGCUGCACACAACCACUAUUUCUCACUCUGGCAUUUAAUUUGCAGUACUUGCCAAUGAAUCUGGUUGGUUUAGAACAGUUUAGAAAAUAUACAAAUCACUCUAUUCAAUUAUUCUAUGUGUUUUGUACUGUAGAGCACAGAUAACUGCAAUAGCAAGCUGUUGUCGGCUGUUCUUUUUUCUUAUACCUCAUUCAGUCAUUGUAGUUGAGAAUUGAAUGUAGCUUUUUAUAUAUGAAAGGAGCUUCAAAGUUAAAUACUGAAGACCGAUGAAAAGAAAAGGCAAUUCUAGAAAUGAAGUUUAUGAAAUUGGGAACGAGGCCUGACUCCUUCUACACAGAAGCAGCUACCAGGACGGUUAUUUCUGAUGUCCCAGGCAAUAUUGUUAUAUGCAUCGACAACUUUAGUUUCCUUCUCCAUAAGUUUCAGCUUCUACCAAAGUGUGGCCUCUUGCAACAUCUCUGCCCUGACUUGGGAGAUUCCAACAUCGCCACUGUUGAACUUCAUGAUGUUCCUGGAGGUGCAGAAGCAUUUGAACUGUGUGCUAAAUUUUGUUAUGGAAUGACUAUUAAUAUUAGUGCCCAUAAUCUCGUACCCGCAUUAUGUGCUGCUAAGUUCCUUCGCAUGACCGAAGCAGUGGAGAAGGGCAAUCUUGUUCUGAAGCUAGAGUCUUUCCUCCACUCGUGCAUCCUUGUUGGCUGGAAGGAUUCCAUUGUCACCCUACAAAGCACCGUAAAGUUACCUGAGUGGUCUGAGAAUAUUGGAAUUGUCAGAAAGUGCAUCGAUUCAAUUGUUGAGAAAAUCUUAACACCACAUUCGAAGGUCUCAUGGUCCUACACUUAUACAAGACCAGGUUACACGAAAAAAAAUAAUCAAAGUGUCCCAAAAGAUUGGUGGACUGAGGAUCUGUCAGAUCUUGACAUUGAAUUGUUCCGCUGUAUAAUUUUGGCGGUUAGAUCUACAUACAUUCUACCACCACAACUUAUUGGAGAAGCCUUGCACGUCUAUGCCUGUCGUUGGCUACCUGAUGCUGCAAAUGUCAAGCCUUCAGAGACUAAGAUUACUCAGAGCAAAGAAGAUUUGGAAAAGAGCCGACAAAUUCUCGAGAAAAUAGUUGGUAUGAUUCCUUCAGAUCGGGGAUCAGUUUCAGUUGGCUUCUUGCUCAGACUCCUUAACAUAGCAAACUAUCUAGCCGUAUCAUCAAUGACCAAAACUGAAAUAAUUCGAAGAUCGAGUCUGCAGUUUGAGGAGGCAAGAGUGAGUGACUUGCUCUUUCCUUCACAGUCAACCUCCAAUACGCACUUCUAUGAUGUCGACUCGGUUGUGGCGGUGUUGGAAUGUCUUCGAGCACUGUGGCGAAGGCAAUACUCUGGGGCUUCUGAAAACAGUCAUUUCUUGAGAUAUAUUAGAAAGGUCGGGAAGCUUGUUGAUUCAUAUCUUCGGGUGGUUGUGAUGGAUAUCAACAUGCCUGUAUCUAAAGUGAUACAACUCGUUGAAGCUCUGCCAGAUAUUGCUCGCCCAAACCAUGACGAUCUUUACAAGGCAAUAAACAUGUAUCUCAAGGAACACCCCGAUUUGAGCAAGGCAGAUAAAAAGCGACUGUGUCGAAUUCUAGACUGCCAAAAGUUAUCGUCUGAAGUCCGAGCCCAUGCUGUAAAGAAUGAGCGAUUACCGUUGAGAACUGUUGUGCAGGUCCUGUUCUUUGAUCAAGAGAAAAGCUCGCAACUUACAAGUUUCACACCCACUGCAAAACAGCUGAUUUCUGUCGAAAAACAGGCGACAAUCACCAGUGACAAUCACGGUAAGCUAAAACCAGAUAUCGACAGUAGCGUCGAUAAAGAAGUAAGAGAAAGAAAGGCCUUCUCUGAAUGCAGUGAGAGAGAUGGACAUAGAACAAAAAGAGCAGAUGUGAAGCUGCCACUUGAGAAGGAAAUGAAAGAUGAUAAAUCAGAACUUGAUGUGAAGUCAGUGAAGAGUUGUAGGACCAGAGAGAUAAGCAAGGAUAGCAAGUCCUUGAGCAAGUCAGAUUCUAAGAAAAUGGUACCAAAGGGAAGCAGAUCAGAUCAUGGUGGUGAACAAAGACAGGCUAAAAGAUGAAGGCAGAUAAUACACAAAAUGAAGAUCGAAUAAGAUCAUUUUUAAUUGCUGUUUGUUUAUUUAUUUUUUAUUCUAGUUUCAUUUCUCUUGUACUGUUCUAGAUCUAAUGCUCAAAAAUAUGUUUUCAUAGCUCUAAUUAGGGAACUCUGUCAAUUGUGGGCAUUUAUAAAAUAUCUAUCAAACAGUAAUAAUAUUUCAUUUCUUGUGUGAAACAGUACACAGACUAUACAAUUCUGUUGAAA